CCAGCAGAGUUCCAAGAUGGCACCUACGUGAGAGAGAUGAGCAGCGACACAUCAGAGUUCUGUCAUGAAACAAAAUUGGAACAUGCUUUUCUGCUGGCUAAGCUAGCAAGCAACGGUCGGCAAAUAAAUGAACUUGUCUCGUCAGCAGCAUAAAGGGAACAUCAGCUUUGAAUACGAUCAAUUUCACCAUGGCCAUCACUCAAUUUCGUCUGUUCAAAAUCUGCACAUGCCUAGCCAGUUUGCUGUCUUUCUUCAAGAGAUUGAUAUGCAGGACUGGAAGGGGCCGGAAGCUCAGUGGGGAUCAAAUAACCCUCCCGACCACGGUGGAUUUCUCAUCAUCCAUACCAAAACAGCCAGAAGUUGAAGAAUGGAGUUCAUGGGAUGAAGAAGCUCCAACAAGUAUUAAAAUUGAAGAUGGAAAUGGAAAUGUUCCCGCUCAACCCACUGAGAUUGAAGAGCCUGACUACUUCAAAGACAUGGCACCAACCAUCAGAAAAACCCAGAAGAUUGUGCUGAAGAAAAGAGAACCACUCAACUUCCUGGUGCCCGAUGGCUCAGCAGGUUUCUCCAGCAGGCUGGCAGCCUCUCAGGAUAUGAUGACUUUCUCUCCACCUUCAGCUGAGCUUGGUGAAAUGGACAAUUGGCAGGGGGACACGAAUGCCUGGGAGGAUGAAUCCGAUGCCACCUGGGAAGCAGAAGAGGUGCUCAGACAACAGAAGCUGGCUGAGAGAGAAAAACGGUCCAUGGAACAGCAGAGGAAGAAGAUGGAGAAAGAGGCCCAGAGGAUGAUGAAGAAAGAACAGAAAAUGGCUGUUAAACUUUCAUAACAUUUUGGUAAUGCUCAGUUUUGGGCCAGAGGAAUACAAGGGAAAGACAUUGAAUCAGUUACGAGUUUCACCAAACCAUCCAAAGUUCUCAUGCUGCUCUGCUACAUUUUCAGUCACCUGUCCUCAUCCAGCAGCCAUUCCUGUCUGUUUUUGUUCAGCAGCAAUGAGUCAUCGCUGGGUUCUCUCACUAACCCAUGUUUCUGACAUUUUGGCCUUAAGGAAGAACCAGAAUUUCUAUGCCCCCAGUGUAUUUUAGGCAUAUGUGCUAGUGAGCACAGGCUCUAUUCAAGCUGUGUAAAUAAAUUCAAACCUCUACUGCUCAUCUUGGUCAUAUAAGGUGUACAAUUAAUUUUCUUGGUCUUGUUUCUACCUACAAGGGACAAAGUUGUGUAUUUUUAUUUUUUAAAGAAUCACUGUUUAUCAGUGACAUUAGUUUGCCGAAUUGUUUUUAUAUUUAUGAUUCAUCAUUGUUUAAAAAUCUUUUUUCCCCCCAAUGAUUACUUGCACUGUACCUCUGCAAAUUUAACAAUUAAAGAUGAGCAUUAUGUACUCUGUAGAUUUAAGAUGUGGGUUCCUAUGGUAACAUCAUAGCCGCUAACAUGAGCAUUAGGCUGUGAAAGGUAUGUCACUUUUUUUUUCCUUCCAGGAAUUGGUUUUGGGUAGCUGCUAAAAUAGGCAAUUUACAGUAGAAGGAAAAAAAAUAUGAAUCUUUUGGAAUUUCUUAAAUGUCUGCAUAUCUUUAUCAUAAAAGGUAUAAAAAUUACAACAAUAAACAGAUUGUGGUUUUGCAAUAAUACCACACAAAAGUUGUUUCCAUGUAUAGUGUAUGAUAUAUAUAUAUACACAUACAUGUAAAAAAAAAAAAAAAUUACGGUAAAGAAAAAGUAAAUCCUUGCAUUGACACAUAUGUUCAACCUGUUUAUGGAGCAAUAGCCUCAACCAAAUGUUACCCGUCGUUGAUGCGCCCAGUCAUCUGGAAGAAUUUUGGACACUUGGACCAUUUCUCAUGAGUUUAGAGAAAUGGUUCUGUCUCGAUUUUAGGCUAAACUACAAGCUGUUUGGUGUGAAUAGCUCUCGAGGUUUUGACACAAUAGCACACUCCAGAACAUGUCAAUUUACCUGUGUUUUUUGUCCUGUUGCAACACUUUUCGAGCCUCAAAUGUUAGCUUAAGUUUUUCUGCAAAAUAUCUUGAUGAACUUGAUUUGUGUUUUCCAUUUAUAACUGAGGCUCUCCAGGCCCUGAGGAAGCGAAGUAUUCUAGCUAGGCAUGUGUUUAAAUGUUGGCCAACUGUGUCAUUUUCCUCCACAAAUGGUAUGGUGUUUCUUUGUAAAAAAUCAACUUGGCUUAAAUUGGUCCACAGAAUUUUGUAGCAGUUUUUUUGUUGUUAAACCAUCAGCAUCCUUCUUAAUGUACAGUGAGGAGCAGAAGUAUUUGCACCCCUUGUGAUUUUGGAAGUUGACCCACUUAGAAAAUAGGUAGACGUCUGAAAUUUCAAUCAUAUAUGCAUCUCCGCUCAUUGAGACACAGCCUUAAAAAUCCAAAAAUUACAUUGUAUGAUUGUUUUAUUUUUAUUUUUUUUAAUUAGUUGUAAUUUACUGGGGUUCAUAAGUAUUUGUACCCCUGAUAAUCCGCAAUAAUUAUGACACUCAAAGAGCUGUCAGUUUACCUUUAAAAAGUCCACCUUAACCCCAUGAGUAACCAUCCAGGGAAAAGGAGGACGAGUAUAAUCCCAAGAACAACAUCCCCGCUGUGAAGUAUGGGGUGGAAACAUCAUGCUUUGAGGCAAAGGGGACAAAGCAGAGGAUGAAUGGUGAAAUGUAUUGUUAGAUUUUGAGCCACAACCUCCUUCCCUCAGUCAGCGACUUGAAUAUGAGUCGUGGCUGAAUCUUCCAACAUGACAAUUAUCCGAAGCACGCAGCCAAGCUGACCAAGAAGUGGCUGCGUAGAAAGGAUAUCAAGGUUCUGGAGUGGCCUAGCUAGUCUCCAGACCUCUAUCCAAUAGAAAAUCUUUGGAUGGAGCUGAAACUUUGUGUUUCUCAACGACAGCCCCGAAACCUGACAGAUAUUUGUGUAGAGGAAUGGGCCAAAAUCCCAGUUUCCGUAUGUAAAAACCUGGUGAAGAACUACAGAAAGCAUCUGACCUCUGUAAUUGCAAACAAAGGCUUCUGCACUAAAUAUUAGCACUGAUU